AUGUCAUCUCCUAAACCCAUUUCUUCGUCUCCUAAGUCUGCUAAUGACAGCACAAAUAGCCGUAGGGGGUCGAUGGCAGGCUCACCUUUCCGUCAAGCAUCUUUGAGGUUGGGAUCCCCGGUUACAGUAGGCUCGUUUUCUCAACGGAGUCUUGGCCCUGGAACAGGUGCUAGUCCUGCUGCUGUAUCAGAUUUUGAUGAUAAUGUGUUUUCUACAGAUCGAAGGUCGUUCAGUUUACAGCGGAAAAGCUUUGGAAAUGCCAUUAACGGAGGUGUUUCAAGUGGGUUGGCCACAAGUUUAAGUACUAGCAAUGCUAUUGGUAAUUCCAAUGGUAAUGGAACUGGUAAUGGUAGCGGUAACGGAACAUUAUCAAGGGCCAUGUCUUCAUCCAGUGCAUCUCCUAGUAAUUUACUAGGUAGCAAUAUCCCUGGGUCAUCAGCGGUAUCUAUUUCGGACCAAGGCUCGUCUAUUAUUGAUAUCGAUAACCCCGAUCCUGAGAUUGUCAAGGUAGUUGGGCGUCAUUUAGUUCGUGAGGCCCGAGGAAGUGACUUUGGUUCUGAUUAUGACGGUAGUGUUGGUCUAGGUAGCAAUGAUGGAUUGACUGCUGGUACUAGUAAUGGUGCUGGUGGUAACGGAACCGCAGGAAUUGGUAAUCGAGCUACUGAUGUUGUAGACGAUGAUGACAAGUUCAUGUCUCUUCGUUUACAAGGUGGAGAUAUAACUCGUCAACUGUAUAAUUGGCAACGAGAGCAUGAAGAGGGAGAUGCCGCUACGAAACGAGGCCGAUCCCGCUCAUUUGACCUUCCUCGACCGGCUAUUGUUGGUCCUGAUGGCCAUCCUAUUGAUACCAAGAAUAUCAAGGCACCCGGUGGAUUCCGCCGUAACUUUAUCUCCCAUAACCACCAAACACGAAAUCGUCAUGAUCCCGAGUCUCAGAAUACUCGUCGUCCAGCAUUUUUAACAAGGAAUUUCAUUGAAUUUUUGAGCAUUUACGGACACUUUGCUGGUGAAGAGUUAGAAGACGAUGAAGAUGAAGACGAUGAAGAAGACGGCGCUGGGAGUCCAUUUGGUUAUGGUGGCAUUGGUGGUGCUUCUGUUGGUGGUAGUGGUGGUGCUGGUUCUGGUGGAAAUGGCAACGGAGAUGAGGAACAGGACCAAGAUGAAACCAGUGCUCUUAUUUCAAGACCACGGUUAUCAAGAAAGAAAUCAGCUCAUCAUGGACCCGGUAAUGCGACCCAGACAAAGGCUGUAAUGCUGUUGCUAAAGAGUUUCGUCGGAACUGGUGUGUUGUUUUUGCCCAAAGCUUACUCCAAUGGUGGUCUGUUAUUUUGCUCAGUAUUGCUAGUAUUUGUAUCUCUCAUUUCAUAUUGGUGUUUCUUGCUGCUUAUUGAGUCGAAAAACCGAGUUGGAGGUGGCAGUUUUGGUGAUAUUGGAGGCGUGUUAUACGGUCCUCGAAUGAGACAGUUGAUCUUGUUCUCCAUUGUCAUUUCUCAGAUCGGUUUCGCUGCUGCUUAUAUCGUGUUUGUAUCGGAGAAUCUACAAGCAUUUGUAAUGGCCGUUACCAAUAAUCAAACUUUUAUAAGAGUUGAAGUAUUUAUUUUCUUGCAACUCAUUGUAUUUUUACCACUGUCAAUGAUUCGAGAUAUCGCCAAGUUGUCAGGUACUGCUUUGGUAGCAGAUUUCUUCAUUUUACUUGGACUUGUGUAUCUUUACUACUACGGCGCCCAUACCAUUGCUGAACAAGGAGUUGCUGAUGUAGUCAUGUUCAACAGUGAAUCAUGGACGCUAUUUAUUGGAACAGCCAUUUUCACCUAUGAAGGAAUCGGACUUAUCAUCCCCAUUCAAGAAUCGAUGAAGCAUCCUCAGAAGUUCACUCCUGUUCUUGCUGGUGUUAUGGUUGGCAUCACUUUAGUAUUUGUGUCCAUGGGAGCUUUGCAAUAUGCCGCAUAUGGAACCAAGGUGAAGACUGUCAUUAUUCUCAACCUGCCUCAAGACUCGCACUUUGUCAAUGGCGUACAGUUCCUGUAUUCAGCAGCUAUUCUGCUAUCAACACCUUUGCAACUGUUCCCUGCCAUUCGUAUCAUGGAGAACUGGCUAUUUGUUCGCAGUGGUAAAUACAACACUAAAAUCAAGUGGCAGAAGAACGUAUUCCGGUUUUUCCUCACAUUUUUGACCGCCCUUGUCGCAUGGGGUGGUGCCGAUGAUCUCGACAAGUUUGUCGCUCUCAUCGGAAGCUUUGCAUGUAUCCCGCUAGUCUACAUCUAUCCGCCUCUGCUCCAUCUGAAGGCAGUCAAACAGUCUUGGUACAUGGUAUUGGCAGACGUCGUGCUUGCCGUUGCCGGUCUUGGUGCCAUGAUUUACACCACAGCUGGUACCGUCAGCAGCUGGAUCAAGUCCUAG